AUGGCGCUUUCUAAAGCAGUGAAGGAAGACGAUCUUGUAAAGACAAGGUCUAUUCUAGAAGACGAGACAGGAGCCGAUCUUGAAACGAAGGGUCCUAAGAGUCAGACCCCACUUUCAAUUGCGUCAUUAAAUGGUCAUCUUGAGGUUGUGAAGCAUCUUAUAAGCCAGGGAGCAGAGCUACAUACUGGGGAUGAAGAUGGCUAUACACCUCUGUAUGAUGCUUCACAGGAGGGUCACCUUGAUGUUGUUGAAUGUCUAGUGAAUGCAGGAGCUAAUGUUAACAAAGCAGCAAAGAGUGGUUCAACACCUCUGUAUGUAGCAUCUCAAAACGGUCAUCUAGAUAUAGUGAAGUAUCUCAUUAACAAAGGACCAGAUAUUGAUAGUCGAGGUUUUAACGGUAAGACGCCGCUUCAUGUCGCAUCAUUCUCUGGCCAUCUUGCAGUUGUCAAGUAUCUUCUCAGUCAAAUAGCAGAGAAAGACAUGGGUGAUAACGAUGGCUAUACACCUCUGUAUGAUGCUUCACAGGAGGGAGCUGAUGUAAACAAAGCAGCAAAGAGAGGUUCAACACCUCUGUAUGUAGCAUCUCAAAACGGUCAUCUAGAUAUAGUGAAGUAUCUCAUUGACAAAGGAACAGGUAUUGAUAGUCGAGGUUUUAACGGUAAGACGCCGCUUCAUGUCGCAUCAUUGUCUGGCCAUCUUGCAGUUGUCAAGUAUCAUCUCAGUCAAAUAGCAGACAAAGACAUGGGUGAUAACAAUGGCUGUACACCUCUGUAUGAAGCUUCACAGGAGGGUCAUCUUGAUGUUGUUGAAUGUUUAGUGAAUGCAGGAGCUAAUGUAAAAAAAGCAGCAAAAGGUGGUUCAACGCCUCUGUAUGUAACAUCUGAAAACGGUCAUCUAGAUAUAGUGAAGUAUCUCAUUGGCAAAGGAGCAGGUAUUGAUAGUCGAGGAUUUAACGGUAAGACGCCGCUUCAUGUCGCAUCGUUCUCUGGCCAUCUUGCAGUUGUCAAGUAUCUUCUCAGUCAAAUAGCAGACAAAGACAUGGGUGAUAACAAUGGCUUUACACCUCUGUAUGAUGCUUCACAGGAGGGUCAUCUUGGGGUUGUUGAAUACCUAGUGAAUGCAGGAGCUGAUGUAAACAAAGCAGCAAAGAGUGGUUCAACACCUCUGUGUGCAGCAUCUAAUCAAGGUCAUCUAAAUAUAGUGGAGUAUCUGAUUAACAAAGGUGCAGAUGCUUCACAAGAUGGUCAUCUUGAUGUUGUUGAACGUCUAGUGCAUACAGAAGCUGAUAUAAACAAAGCAGCAAAGGAUGGUUUUACACCUCUCGUUUUAGCAUCUCAUCAAGGUCAUCUAGAUAUAGUGAAGUAUCUCAUUGACAAAGGAGCAGGUAUUGAUAGUCGAGGUUUUAAUGGUAAGACGCCGCUUCAUGCCGCAUCAUUGUCUGGCCGUCUUGCAGUUGUCAAGUAUCUUCUCAGUCAAAUAGCAAACAACGACAUGGGUGAUAACAAUGGCUGUACACCUCUGUAUGAUGCUUCACAGGAGGGUCAUCUUGAUGUUGUUGAAUGUUUAGUGAAUGCAGGAGCUAAUGUAAACAAAGCAGCAAAGAGUGGUUCAACACCUCUGUAUGUAGCAUCUCAAAACGGUCAUCUAGAUAUAGUGGAGUAUCUCAUUGGCAAAGGAGCAGGUAUUGAUAGUCGAGGUUUUAACGGUAAGACACCGCUUCAUGUCGCAUCAUUCUCUGGCCAUCUUGCAGUUGUCAAGUAUCUUCUCAGUCAAGGACGAGAUAAAGAGGUGGAGACUAACGAUGGUCAUACACCUCUGUAUGUUGCUUCACAGGAGGGUCAUCUUGGGGUUGUUGAAUACCUAGUGAAUGCAGGAGCUGAUGUAAACAAAGCAGCAAAGAGUGGUUCAACACCUCUCGUUCUAGCAUCUCAUCAAGGUCAUCUAGAUAUAGUGAGGUAUCUCAUUGACAAAGGAGCAGGUAUUGAUAGUCGAGGUUUUAACGGUAAGACGCCGCUUCAUGUCGCAUCAUUCUCUGGCCAUCUUGCAGUUGUCAAGUAUCUUCUCAGUCAAAUAGCAGAGAAAGACAUGGGUGAUAACAAUGGCUUUACACCUCUGUAUGAUGCUUCAAAGAAGGGUCAUCUUGAUGUUGUUGAAUGUUUAGUGAAUGCAGGAGCUAAUGUAAACAAAGCAGCAAAUAGUGGUUCAACGCCUCUGUAUGUAGCAUCUCAAAACGGUCAUCUAGAUAUAGUGGAGUAUCUCUUUGACAAAGGAGCAGGUAUUGAUAGUCGAGGUUUUAACGGUAAGACGCCGCUUCAUGUUGCAUCAUUGUCUGGCCAUCUUGCAGUUGUCAAGUAUCUUCUCAGUCAAAUAGCAGACAACGACAUGGGUGAUAACAAUGGCUAUACACCUCUGUAUGAUGCUUCACAUGAGGGUCAUCUUGGGGUUGUUGAAUACCUAGUGAAUGCAGGAGCUGAUGUAAACAAAGCAGCAAAGAGUGGUUCAACACCUCUGUGUGCAGCAUCUAAUCAAGGUCAUCUAAAUAUAGUGGAGUAUCUGAUUAACAAAGGUGCAGAUGCUUCACAAGAUGGUCAUCUUGAUGUUGUUGAACGUCUAGUGCAUACAGAAGCUGAUAUAAACAAAGGAGCAAAGGAUGGUUUUACACCUCUCGUUUUAGCAUCUCAUCAAGGUCAUCUAGAUAUAGUGAAGGAUCUAAUUGACAAAGGAGCAGGUAUUGAUAGUCGAGGUUUUAACGGUAAGACGUCGCUUCAUGUCGCAUCAUUGUCUGGCCAUCUUGCAGUUGUCAAGUAUCUUCUCAGUCAAAUAGCAGACAAAGACAUAUGUGAUAACAAUGGCUUUACACCUCUGUAUGAUGCUUCACAGGAGGGUCAUCUUGAUGUUGUUGAGAGUUUAGGGAAUGAAGGAGCUAAUUUAAACAAAGCAGCAAAUAGUGGUUCAACGCCUCUGUAUGUAGCUUCUCUAAACGGUCAUCUAGAUAUAGUGAAGUAUCUCAUUGACAAAGGAACAGGUAUUGAUAGUCCAUGUUUUAACGGUAAGACGCCGCUUCAUGCCGCAUCAUUGUCUGGCAAUCUUGCAGUUGUCAAGUAUCUUCUCGGUCAAAUAGCAGACAACGACAUGGGUGAUAACAAUGGCUGUACACCUCUGUAUGAUGCUUCAAAGAAGGGUCAUCUUGAUGUUGUUGAAUGUUUAGUGAAUGCAGGAGCUAAUGUAAACAAAGCAGCAAAGAAUGGUUCAACACCUCUGUGUGCAGCAUCUAAUCAAGGUUUUCUAAAUAUAGUGGAGUAUCUGAUUAACAAAGGUGCAGGUAUUGAUAGUCGAGGUUUUAACGGUAAGACGCCGCUUCAUGUCGCAUCAUUCUCUGGCCAUCUUGCAGUUGUCAAGUAUCUUCUCAGUCAAAUAGCAGACAACGACAUGGGUGAUAACAAUGGCUGUACACCUCUGUAUGAUGCUUCACAUGAGGGUCAUCUUGGGGUUGUUGAAUACCUAGUGAAUGCAGGAGCUGAUGUAAACAAAGCAGCAAAGAGUGGUUCAACACCUCUGUGUGCAGCAUCUAAUCAAGGUCAUCUAAAUAUAGUGGAGUAUCUGAUUAACAAAGGUGCAGAUGCUUCACAAGAUGGUCAUCUUGAUGUUGUUGAACGUCUAGUGCAUACAGAAGCUGAUAUAAACAAAGGAGCAAAGGAUGGUUUUACACCUCUCGUUUUAGCAUCUCAUCAAGGUCAUCUAGAUAUAGUGAAGUAUCUCAUUGACAAAGGAGCAGAUAUUGAUAGUCGAGGUUUUAACGGUAAGACGCCGCUUCAUGUCGCAUCAUUGUCUGGCCAUCUUGCAGUUGUCAAGUAUCUUCUCAGUCAAAUAGCAGACAAAGACAUAUGUGAUAACAAUGGCUUUACACCUCUGUAUGAUGCUUCACAGGAGGGUCAUCUUGAUGCUGUUGAAUGUUUAGUGAAUGAAGGAGCUAAUGUAAACAAAGCAGCAAAUAGUGGUUCAACGCCUCUGUAUGUAGCUUCUCAAAACGGUCAUCUAGAUAUAGUGAAGUAUCUCAUUGACAAAGGAACAGGUAUUGAUAGUCCAUGUUUUAACGGUAAGACGCCGCUUCAUGUCGCAUCAUUGUCUGGCAAUCUUGCAGUUGUCAAGUAUCUUCUCAGUCAAAUAGCAGACAAAGACAUAGGUGAUAACAAUGGCUAUACACCUCUUUAUAUUGCUUCACAGGAGGGUCAUCUUGAUGUUGUUGAAUGUUUAGUGAAUGCAGGAGCUGAUGUAAACAAAGCAGCAAAGAGAGGUUCAACACCUCUGUGUACAGCAUCUCAAAACGGUCAUCUAGGUAUAGUGAAGUAUCUGAUUAACAGAGGAGCAGGUAUUGAUAGUCGAGGUUUUAACGGUAAGACACCGCUUCAUGUCGCAUCAUUCUCUGGCCAUCUUGCAGUUGUCAAGUAUCUUUUCAGUCAAAUAGCAGACAAAGACAUGGGUGAUAACAAUGGCUAUACACCUCUGUAUGAUGCCUCACAGGAGGGUCAUCUUGACGUUGUAGAAUAUCUCAUUGCUGAAGGAGCAAACCUGAACGCAUGCGAUAAUAAUGGAUUAACACCCCUCUAUAUCUCUUCACAAAACGGACAUCUUGAUGUUGUUAAAUGUUUAGUGAGUGGAGGAGCAGAUGUAACCAAAUCAGCAAAAAACGGUUCCGCACCACUUUAUACUGCAUUGAUUAAAGGCCACCUUGACAUUGUAAAAUAUCUUAUCAUUAGAGAGGCAGAUAUCGGGAGCAGAGAUGACAUCGGCACUAUGGCAAUUCGUCAUGCAUUUCUUAAUGUUUACCUCGAUGUUGCCAAAUAUCUCAUCGGUAAAGUUGACAACCUUGAUAGGUGUGAUAUUGAUGGUAACACACCUCUUUAUCUCUCAUCACAAGGAGGUUAUCUCAAAGUAGUUGAAUGCCUCGUGAAUAAAGGAGCAGAUGUGAACAAAGCAGUAGGAGAUGAUGGCGACACACCCCUCUACGCCGCUUCACAAGGAGGCCAUCUCGAGGUAGUUGAAUGCCUCGUGAAUAAAGGAGCUGAUGUGAACAAAGCAUCAGGAUCUGGUGGCUUCACACCCCUCUACGCUGCUUCACAAGGAGGCCAUCUCGAAGUAGUUGAAUGCCUCGUGAAUAAAGGAGCUGAUGUGAACAAAGCAUCAGGAUCUGUUGGCUUCACACCCCUCUACGCCGCUUCACAAGGAGGCCAUCUCGAGGUAGUUGAAUGCCUCGUGAAUAAAGGAGCUGAUGUGAACAAAGCAUCAGGAUAUGGUGGCUACACACCCCUCUACGCUGCUUCACAAGGAGGCCAUCUCGAAGUAGUUGAAUGCCUCGUGAAUAAAGGAGCAGAUGUGAACAAAGCAUCAGGAUCUGAUGGCUACACACCCCUCUACGCCGCUUCACAAGGAGGCCAUCUCCAGGUUGUUGAAUGCCUCGUGAAUAAAGGAGCAGAUGUGAACAAAGUCUCAUCAAACAAGGGUACACCUUUACAUGAAGCAAUACAGGGAGGACAUGUUCACGUUCUAAAAUACCUUAUCUCAAAAGGCGCAGACCUCAAAAGUGUUGAUGGUGAUCACUCUACACCUCUUCAUAUUGCUUCACAGACAGGUCCUUUUGAUAUUGUUGAGUGUCUCGUUAAUGCAGGGGCAGAUUUAAAUAAAGUAUCACAUGAUGGUUCUGCACCACUAAGUAUAGCAUUACGUUAUAAUAAGCAAGACACCGCAGAAUUGUUCAUGUCUAAGGAAGCGGAUGUGGGAAAUGAAGUUGAAAUUGUUCAAACCGCCCUCCGCAAUGCAUCCUCCUUGGGUAAUCUCGAUGCUGUAAAAUAUAUCAUAGAUAAAGGAGUACACGUUUAUACUGGUGACGGAGAUGGUUUCACAUCCCUUUAUCACGCAUCACAGAACGGACAUCUUGGGGUUGUUGAAUACCUAGUGAAUGCAGGAGCCGAUGUGAACAAAGUAGCAAAGAAUGGCAGCACACCUCUGGAUACGGCUUCAGAUAAUGGUCAUGUAGACAUUGUACAAUAUCUCAUUUCUCAAGGAGCGAACCCGAAUUCUUUUGAUAACGAUGGCUAUACACCUCUUUAUACUGCUUCACAAGCGGGUCAUCACGAUGUUGUUAAAUAUCUAGUGCGUGCAGAAGCUGAUGUGAACAAAGCAGCAAAGAAUGGUUCAACACCUCUGUAUGCGGCUUCAGAUAAUGGUCAUAUAAACAUUGUACAAUAUCUCAUCUCUCAAGGAGCGAACCCGAAUUCUUUUGGUAACGAUGGCCAUACACCUCUUUAUACUGCUUCACAAGAGGGUCAUUUGGAUGUUGUUAAAUGUCUAGUUAAUGCAGAAGCUGAUGUGAACAAAGCAGCAAGGAAUGGCAACACACCUCUAUAUGCGGCUUCACAAGAGGGUCAUCUGGAUGUUGUUAAAUGUCUAGUUAAUGCAGAAGCUGAUGUGAACAAAGCAGCAAGGAAUGGCAACACACCUCUGUAUGCGGCUUCACAAGAGGGUUACCUGGAUGUUGUUAAAUGUCUAGUUAAUGCAGAAGCUGAUGUGAACAAAGCAGCAAGUAAUGGCAACACACCUCUGUAUGCGGCUUCACAAGAGGGUUACCUGGAUGUUGUUAAAUGUCUAGUUAAUGCAGAAGCUGAUGUGAACAAAGCAGCAAGUAAUGGCAAGACACCUCUGUAUGCGGCUUCAGAUUUUAGUCAUGUAGACAUCGUACAAUAUCUCAUUUCUCAAAGAGCGAACCCGAAUUAUGAUGAUAACGAGGGCUAUUCACCUCUUCAUCGCGCUUCAGAGGAGGGUCAUCUCGAUGUUGUUGAAUGUCUUCUAAAUGCAGGAGCAGAUGUAAACAAACAAGCAAGUGAUGGUGAUCUAUCCCUCCUUGCUGCCUCUCGUGGGGGUUAUCUAGACAUUAUAAAGUAUCUCAUUACAAAAGGAGCAGAUAUCGAGUCACGUAACAAUGACGGUUGGACAGUUUUUCAUUUUGCAGCAGAUAAUGGCCACUUGGAAUCUUUGGAGUACUACUUGAGGAACAACACUAGCAGUACUUCGGGGAACAGUCACAACCUUCUUAAAGUAAGACUUCAGACCUUAAAAGGUGUCACGCCACUUAUGGUUGCCGCUAGAGGAGGACAUCUGGACUGUGUACGUCUGCUGCUCGAAAACAAUUCAUAUAUUGAGACAGAGGAUGCUGAAGGAUGGACAGCCCUCCAUUAUGCUGCAGCAAGGUGA